UCUUACUCUACUCGAGAUACUAGGGCUCUAGUAGUGUUGGUAUGGUGCGAGUCGAUGUGAAGCUCCACAGAGCUUCUCGGAUCUAUCGACCCUCGGAAGUCGUGGACGGGGUAGUGACGAUCACAAGCCUCUCGGGCUUGAGCCAUCAAGGGAUUCGUCUCACCGCUCUUGGCUCCGUCAUAAUUCAGCCAAGCCCAAAAGCAGUUGGUGUCAUUGAAUCUCUUUACAGCUCCGUGAAGCCUAUGGUGAUCCUGAAAAAAGCGAUGGACUUGAGCGGAGCAGGAAAACUUGGCAUUGGAAAAUCUGAGCUUGCUUUCGAUUUUCCUUUGGAGUCGCAAAGCUCCCAGGGAGACGGUGUUCUGGGUGUGUUAUACGAGACAUAUCACGGUGCAUACAUCAAUAUCCAGUAUCAAGUGAUUGUAGAGGUGGUCCGAGGCUAUCUACAAAAGCCAUACACCGCAAACUUUGAGUUCUUUGUUGAAGGACACCGAGCGAGGCUUCUCUCAAGGCCGGAAUUCGUCAGCUUCUACAUCACUCACGACACUCAAAACCACUUUCUCUUGCCUGCGAUUCGUUCAGGUGGUUUCAAGGUCACUGGCAAGGUGGCGACUCAGUGCCUCGUUUCAGAACCUCUUACCGGAGAACUAACAGUCGAGUACUCGAAGACUCCACUGCUGUCCAUCGACGUUCUACUCUUUCGCGUCGAAUCCAUCCUCGUUUCGGACAGGAGCUCAAUAGAGAGAACCGAAAUCCAAACAACACAACAUCGCAUUUUCCACCAGAUAGCCGAUGGAGACGUAUACCGAGGCGUCGCAAUACCCAUCUACGUGAUUCUUCCUCGCCUCUUGACAUGCCCAACGCUCUCAGCCAACACUUUCUCCGUGAACUUCGAGCUUUGCAUGAAGAUCACAUUCGACACGAGGCCGAGCACGCAACUCGAGGCCGACUCAAAACAAUUGGUGGCGUUUGAAACCCUUCCAGUGCGACUCCUACGAUCGUGAUGCAAUGCUCUCGCAUGAGCCGCUGGAUAGCCAGGAUCCAACGGCUCAUACAAUAUACGAUUUAUCAUUGGAUCAAACGACAAUCCUGUUUUUGUUUCAUGAGAAAUCAAGGGAAAAAAAAAGAAUCAUUUUUCCCGUACAAAAAGCGUCCGACCAAACGACAAAGUUUAUAGACGGUCUCGUCCAGGCCUGCAAAAUCCCCUCAUGGAUAUAAGAAGAGAAAAUCCACAAGAAUUAUUCCUGCACGGAGAGAGAUUCGUUCGAAUCGAGGAGGAAAGAAUGUCUAGAAGAUGGACGAUGAGAGGAAUCCUCACGGACCUUAUUUGUGGAGCACCAUCGCCAGAGCAGCCGCCACAACUGGUCCCAAAAGGAAGCCUCGCAGUGUACG